CCACUAAGACUUCAGCAUUAUGAAGGUUACAACAACCUUCAUCCAGGUUUAGUUUCAAAGCCCUCAGAACCGGCUCAGUUGGCAAAACAGCUCAUGUCACUCAGAUAGCUUAAAUUCAAAGCUAAUGAUCCCAUAAACAUCUUCAAUCAUUGCACAGCACUGCAUCGUGGUCCUUCGGAUAAACACCUGAGGAACUACUCGGAGGAGCUACUGAUCUUUUCUGAGUGUCAGGUCCUGGACUGGAAUAUGUUGCUACUGUUUUGCAUAUGAUGUACCUUCUUUGAGGGAAGGGAAGGGUAUAGCAGCUUUCCAGCAUGAUCAUAAGUGACGAUUUCACUUACUGAACUUUCGGUAUCCACCAAGACAUACGUUGUCCAAGCGUCCCUGCUUACUCUUAUUAGGCAAAAUAUUCUUACUUCUGUGGGAAAAACAGAGUCAGGUAACGUUUUUAGACUAAUUCCAUACAGGUUUAGUCUCAGUGCCCUCUGUAUGUAGGCUUUGUUGACACAAGAGCCCAGAUCACUCAGAUAGCUUGAUUUCAAAGCUAAUGAUCCAAUAAACAUCUUCAAUCAUCGCAUAGCACUGCACUUGUGAUCCUUUGGAUAACCAACUGAAGAACUACUCACAAGAGCAACUGGUGUUUUCUGAAGUCCUGGACUGGAAUAUGCUUCUAGUGUUUUGCGGAUGAUCUACCUUCUUUGAUGGAAAAAGGGGCGUAGCAGCUUUCCAGCAUGAUCGUAAGCGAAGAUUUCGUUUACUGAACUUCCGGUGUCCACAGAUAUACAUUGUCCAACUGUCUCCACUUCUAAGGCCAGAAUUGCUGUCAACUGAUAUAUACCUUUCUUCUGUGGGAAAACCACUGAAAGUCAGACAUGACGUUGCCAAGUGCACUAGCUGGUGCCAUUGCUCAAGAACUUGUGAAAGAUUUGAGUACAGAAAUCCAGGAUCAAAGCAAAUAUGCAAUUCAAUUUCCAGCUCAGUUCUCUGAGUUGAGAGAACAGCUGAAAUUUAUGCAAUCAUUUGUCGCUGAUGCAAGCAAGCUCAAAGACAAGCAAGAAACAGUCAAGAUGACCUUGCAAGAACUUCAGAAACUGAUCUACGAAGCAGAUGAUCUGGUUGUUGAUUGCCAGAUUCGAGAAGACUACACGGAAACAAAGGCUAGUUCUUGCAGCCUUUGUCUUUCUGAGAUGGCCUUUCGCUAUAAAACAGGGAAAAAGCUAACAGAAAUCAACAGCCACAUUAAAAGAAUGCGGGAAAAUUUGAACUCUUAUUACACUCCCAUUGCAAAGCAUUCAGAUAGUGAGAGCAAAAAUGGCAGAAAGACACUUUGGAGUUCCCCUGUUUUUGACCAAUCUGAAGUCGUUGGGCUAACAGAAAAUGUGGCAACAAUAAGGGACUGGAUUCUUGGUCAUAAUGAACCAUUGCUUCGCCUUGCAAUCGUGGGGCUGGGGGGUUUGGGUAAAACGACCCUAGCAAAGAUGAUCUAUAGAGAUGUGAAUCUCACGAAACGCUUCCAAGAGAAAAUUUGGGUCUCAGUUUCUCAACCAGUCAAUGAGACCGAAAUCAUGAAAAGCAUGCUGAGGCAACUCAAAUCUGAUGACAGCGGAUCCUCUAAAGGUGACAUGCUGAGUAGAAUCAGUCAAUUGCUUUCAGAAAAAACCUACCUGAUUGUUCUAGAUGAUGUCUGGUGCAUUGAAGAUGGUUGGUGGGAACGGAUCUCCAGUGGGCUACCCAAGACAGAGGGCCUCAACAACUGCAUUAUAAUCACAUCAAGGAUCAAGAAAGUUGUCAAGAAAAUGGGAGUUCGGGAUGCCCAAAUUCAUCGACCCAGACUUCUUAAUGAUGAAGAGAGCUGGAAAUUAUUCUGCAAGGUUGCACUGAUCUCUAAAGAAGAUGAAGAAAAUACUAAGUUAAUUGAAGAAGGAAAAGAGAUUGUUCAAAAGUGUGGGGGCCUUCCCCUGGCAAUCAAGACCAUUGGUGGUUUACUCUCAUCAGAAGCCAAGUGUUAUAGUGAAUGGACGAGGAUUCACAAGAACUUCCAUGAAAAGUUGACAAGUGCAGAAGGCAGUCGUGCUGGUGGUAAUCAGCAUGUGAUUGCCUCUCUGCAGCUUAGCUAUGAUGAGCUCCCUCCUCGCUUAAAGCAAUGCAUAUUGUGCUUCUCGAUUUAUCCAGAAGAUCAUGAAGUUGAUGUUGACCAACUGAUUCGCUGGUGGGAAGGAGAAGGAUUUGUCCGUUGUAGGAGCACAGAAGCUGCGACAGAAUCAGCUCUCAACUGCUUAUCUGAGCUUAUCAGUCGAUGCCUGGUUGAAGUAGCUGAGAGAAGAAAUUUCGAUGGGAGUGUCUAUACCUGCAAGGUGCAUGACAUGGUUCGAGAUUUGACAAUUAAAAUAGCAAGAGAAGAAGAUUUCUGCAGUUUCGAUGGAAAUGGAAAGCAUAUUGCUAAUGCUGGCUCUCGUAGACUUGGAGUCACAAAAGAGACAAAGUUCCAGACCCUCCGAGGAAACUCAAAGCUCAGGGCAUUACUUUUAACCGCAACCGAUUACAUCGGUUUCAAUAGUAAUAUUGAAUUGGCUAACGUCAAGUCUCUCCGGGUACUGGACUUCUCACAUGUCAAACUAGACAGCAUUUGUAUGAAAGAUCUCUGGCAUUGGAUCACUUCCCUUACACGCCUAGCUUAUUUGAGCCUCAGGUAUGUUGCACAAUUGUCAGAAAUCCCAAACUCAGUCGGUAAACUAUGGGGCCUUCAGGUUCUGAUUCUGGGAGAAUGUAAGGAUCUCAAAAAUCUUCCCCCAUCAAUUGUUAACCUUCCGAGAUUAAUUAUCUUGGAUGUUGGCAAUUGCCCAAAUCUUCAGUGUCUACCACAAGGAUUUUCGAGACUUUCCAAACUCCAGGAGCUAUACGGAUUUAAGAUAGCUGGCACUGGCAAUGCUGCAGGUUCCCACCUUGGAGAGCUGAAGGCUUUGACUGAACUUCGAGUCCUGCAGAUGGACAUAACUGAAGAAAGCACAAUCAAUGAUCAGGAAUUGGAGAUCUUAGCACAGCUAGAGAAACUAAAGAUUUUGUCGAUCAAUGCAGGUGAUUGCGAAGACGAGGACAUUUUAAGCAAAUUGAAUAAAUUGUCACCCCCUUCUUCCAUUGAGGAAUUGUAUCUGAAGCAUUAUGUUGGAGAAACUGCACCAGGAUGGAUUAAUCCGAAGUCACUUCGACAACUGCAGUAUCUUUGUAUGGAGGACUCUAGAAUAAAUAAGAUGAACCAAGAUUUCUGGGGAGAUGAAGAACAUAAAUGGGAUGUCAAAGGGUUGUGUUUAAAGUUCUGCCAAAGGCUUGAGGUGUCAUGGGAAGAAUUGCAAGCAGUGAUGCCUGAGAUCAGACACCUGGAGGUCAGCCAAUGCAACCUACUGGUCUCAUUUCCUUGUGAUGUUAAGUCUGUGGGGUUCUGGUGCAAGGACGAAAAGAAAAAAGAUGUGCGUCGGAGGAUGUUUUCAGUCAAGAAGAUUGAAAGCAGCUAGAUGACAUGGUCUGAUCUUUGGAAAGCAUUUUCAAGUUUGAAGUUAUCUGUAUCCUUCUGUUUGGACAAUAUGUUGCGGUAUUUGUUAGUGAUUUGGAGGUGUAUUUGUACUUGCUGAACUUUACUUGUUGGUACUCUUUUCUCUUCCACUUUGAUCAUGUAAGCCUAAUUUGGUGCUUUCAACUCUGUCAUAGCACUAUA